UCUCCCCUCCUCUUCUCCCAACAAGGUGGAAGCCGAUGAAUUUGAACUCUCUCUGCAGCCUAUCAACAGCCUCUUUCCUCUGCUGCUUUUCCUCCCCUUCUCUGAACGGAAAACAAGGUGCCUCCUCGGGAGUACUGGUGAGGGGAGGAUGGAAAGUCGGAAGGAGCUGGGGCCCCCAAAUCGAGAUUAAGGGAUGCUUUGUUUCCUGUGAUACUCUAAGCAAAAAGACCUUCCUCGAAAAGCUGAUCUCGGAAGAUGCUAAAUAAACGAGCAGGAGUUUCCCUGGAAUGGAGGCUCCCUGGGAUUGGCUGCUCUGUCCUUGGCUCCUGCCAAUCCGAGCACCCUUGGGCUCUCGCACUAUCAACAUAAGCAAAGCCCCAUGCUUAUUAUUCUUCUGGACUUGAGCUGCCUGCCAUGCCAAGGUGUGCAGUGGAGCUCCGUUCACAUGGCUCACUGGAAAACGGAUUUCCUUAAAGAGCUUCCCCAAGGAACAUCUGCUCAUCCAGCUCGGCGUUAGCCGCCCAGGCAGGCAGAAGGACACGCGGCAUCUUACGGCUCCCAGCCCCAGGCUAGCGGUGGGAACGAUGGCCCUCCAGGACCUCUGUAAUGCAAGUCGUGAAGGAGCAGAUCAUGAGGGCUCUCACUACCAAGCCUAGCUCCCUGGACCAGUUCAAGAGCAAACUACAGAACCUGAGUUACACGGAAAUCCUGAAAAUCCGCCAAUCGGAGAGGAUGAACCAGGAGGAUUUCCAGUCUCGGCCCAUCUUGGAACUGAAGGAAAAGAUCCAGCCUGAAAUCUUAGAGCUGAUCAAACAACAGCGUCUGAAUCGCCUUGUGGAGGGCACCUGCUUCAGGAAACUAAACAGCCGGCGGAGACAAGACAAAUUCUGGUAUUGUCGGCUGUCACCCAAUCACAAAGUGCUUCACUACGGAGACUUGGAGGAGAGCCCCCAGGGAGAGGUGCCCCAUGACUCCCUGCAGGACAAAUUGCCCGUGGCAGACAUCAAAGCUGUGGUGACGGGGAAGGACUGCCCACACAUGAAGGAGAAAGGAGCCUUGAAACAGAACAAGGAGGUCCUGGAGCUCGCCUUCUCCAUCCUGUAUGACUCAAACUGUCAGCUCAAUUUCAUCGCUCCCGAUAAGCACGAGUACUGCAUCUGGACAGACGGGCUCAAUGCGCUGCUGGGCAAGGACAUGCUGAGUGACCUCACCCGAAAUGACCUGGAUACCCUGCUCAGCAUGGAGAUAAAGCUUCGCCUCCUCGACCUGGAGAACAUCCAGAUCCCCGACGCACCUCCCCCCAUCCCCAAGGAGCCUAGCAACUACGACUUUGUCUAUGACUGUAACUGAGGGCGCCUCUGGCCCCAACCCUGCCCGCCCCAGCCCCCCUGCUGAACUCAAAAUACAGCUUCGAUAACUGGAAACAUGAGUGAAAACACACUUGGGGUGAUGGCCAGGGCCCCCAAAUCUUCUGCCUCUCACCCCCUCCCAACACCUCGCCCUGCACUUCCUUCCUCCCUCCCCCCACCCUCUGUGCCAAUCAGCGAUUGAUCGAUGGGUCGAUCAUUUUCAGAGACUACAACGCUAUACUUACCUUCUCACUGCUGCAGCCCAAGUAUGGGAUAAAGCAAAGUCCCACCAUCGCCACUGAGAACAGUGAAGGGACCGGCCUUGGGUUCCAGGGUCACAAGAGCCCAUCUGCCUGCCGCCUGCCCUCCUUCCAGCCAAAUGGCCCGGGGUAGACUGGCCGGGGAACAGGCCUGGAAGCAGUGCGGGGAGUGAGGGGCAAGGGAGGAGAGCAAGCACCCACUCCCAAGAAGAACCAUCAUGGCCAGGACCCGGGGAGCUGAGGACCAUUUGUGACUCCAGUCUUCCCCAGUGUCCCAUCUUCCCACCAUCCCUGCCCCCUCGCCUCCCCUUCAUCCUCUCUCUUCUCCCUUCCCUCCUCAAAGACCAGAAGGAGGACCUCCAUCCAUCCCCAGUUUGGUCUCCCAAAGGAUGAAAGUGCUGGAUGCACGCCCUUAGGCUUCUGGCUGUCCCUGCUCUAGGCCUUCACUUCUCAUUGUCUUUUUUCCAGUGGGUUCUAGACUCCCCUUCUUCCUUUCCCCAGCUUUCUUCUAGUUCGUUAACUCAAAGCACAAAUUAUGAAGCCCCUAGCUGUGGUCUCUCUCUCCCUUCCUCCUCAUCUUGUUUACCUUCCCUCUUUCUCUCUCCCCCACUCUCCCCAACUCUUUCUCCUCCUCCUCUUCCUCUUCUUCUUCUUCUUCUUCUUCUUCUUCUUCUUCUUCUUCUUCUUCUUCUUCUUCUUCUUCUUCUUCUUCUUCUUCUUCUUCUUCUUCUUCUUCUUCUUCUUCUUCUUCCUCUCUCUCUGUCCCCCCCACCUCUCCUCCCUCUCUCUCCCCAUCUGUCCCCUUCUCCCCCUCCUCUCUGUUCCUCCCUCCUCUUCAGUCCCUCUCUUUUUGUCUCUGUAUUUCCCUCUUUUUUCCUUCUCUGUGCAUUUUUCUGCAUUCCUUUUCUCUGUGUCCAUCUGUCUCUCUCUGUCACUUUCUCCUUCCCUUCCUAUCUUUAUGUCUGUCUCUCUCCUGUCUUUGUCUCUUUCUUUUUACAUGUCUGUCUCUAUUCUUUUUCUCUGUUUCUUUCUGCCUUUCUGUUCUUUCUCUCUGUAUCUCCCUCACACCCCCCCCCACACACACGUGUGUGUGCAUGCACUCAUGCACAUGCAGAGUCACUAACCCUGAAUGCCUCCCUCUCACCCUGGCUUUGGACCCCCCUUUCCUCCCCGGGGCUCAGUGUCCCCUCCUCAGGCGAGGGUUCUUGCUUCGCCUUGGGUUCCCCAGCAUUGGUGGAGCCGCCAGACAUCCCGGUUUACAUUGCUGUAAUCGUUACGAGUGUUAGAAAUCUGCGAGGGUUUUUGUUUUUGUUUUGUACAAAAGAGUCUAACAUUUUUUGCCAAACAGAUAUAUAUUUAAUGAAGAGAAGAUAUACAUUAAUGUGUGUACUUUUUGGAGGAUGGCUUUUUUAAUUAUUUCCAUUCCAAACAUUUCCCUGAGAAUAACAUCCCCUUCUCCCACUUGCUGUGUAAUAAAAUCUGAGUUGUGAUGAGCUGGG